GAGGGAGUAGCGAUAGUACGACGUAAGACUCGAAGCCGUAUGGUCGUGCGGAGCGAACGCAGCGAGCUCCGAACGCGAUGCCGACUUUGUUUACCGAACUUUUUAUUCAAAUAAUAUGACAUUUUAAACGUUUGAAUCUAAAACGUAUGGAGAUUAAAGUAUGCAAGUGAAAAAAAUAAAUAGUGGAACUCACAAUAGUGAAUUUGUAAACAUGUAAAUUAUCGAUGGUGUGAAAAUUAAGUAUAAUUUGGUGGCAGUAUGGUGGAUGCUGGUGUUAAUGAGUGCAAUAACACCAUAAAUGGAAGGAACCAAUUUGUGUUUCUCGUAUUUGUGCAUUUACUUCUCAUUGGACUGAAUGGAACGAAUGCACAAAACCGAGCACCCCGCAUCAAGGAACACCCUUCAAACACAGUGUCGGGGCGCAGCGAGCCUGCGACCUUGAGAUGUGUAGUGGAAGGCAGACCUAAACCUCAUGUGCAAUGGUAUAAGGACGGAUCUCCUUUACCACCAGCUGAAGAUGGACAUAGAGUGCUGUUGGAAGAUGGGCUGCUAUUUUUAAGUGUGAACCGUGGCAAGAAGGAGAGCGAUGAAGGUGUUUACUGGUGCGUGGCACGCAACCUAGCUGGAGAGGCCGUCAGUCACAACGCCUCGCUUAACGUCGCCGUGCUCCGUGAUGAAUUUCGAGCAGAGCCAAGAGAUGUUCGUGUGGCUGCUGGAGAACCAGCUUUAUUGGAAUGCUCACCCCCUCGAGGGGUUCCAGAACCUUCGGUUCACUGGCUCAAAGAUGGACAAUCAUAUGACGUUGAAGUUAACGGCAGGGUAACAGUAACUGAUACAGGAAACUUAAAGAUCUUAGAAACGUUACCAACAGAUAGCGGUUCAUUUAGGUGUGUGGCAUCAAACAUUGCCGGUGAAAGGCAAUCGCGAGCUGCAACACUAAGUGUUUUAAGACGACCUCACUUUGUUGUUAAACCUAGUAACGUAACAGCUUUGGUUGGGCAAACUGUGGAGUUUAACUGUCAGAGUUAUGAUGCGAGUGUAAAAAUAUCAUGGGUGAAAGAAGACGGCUCGUUGCCUUCCCAUGCAUCAAUAAUCCGAGGGCUAUUAAGACUGGAGCAUGUGUCUGCUACAGACGCCGGCGUCUAUUCCUGCCGCGCCGACAGUCACGCCGGCACGAGUAUCACCAGCGCCACACUCACAGUUUACUCCUUACCACACUUCACGCAAAUACCGUCCAAUCUGACCGCAUGGGAGGGCGAUGUGGUUUCCAUUCCAUGUGAAGCUAAAGGCUUACCUACACCAACGACCUUUUGGAUUCUCGAGGGGACCCAAGAUUCUUUACUUUUCCCGGAAUGUACGAGAAGUAAUACGAGCUUAUUAUAUUUGGAUGGGGCGCGGCCUGAACACAGUGGGCGAGUGAUUUGCACAGCUGUCAACGCAGCUGGUAGUAUUAUGCAAGAGGCUUAUCUUAAAGUGUUAAAAAAAGGAAACAAUGAACUAAAAGAACCUUCUUUGGAUCGUGAAUAUAACAUAGAUUAUGAACGUCAAACGCGCAUGACGCAAUACGAGCUCGUUCAAGCAAGGAAAUAUUUGCAACAAAAUGUGUUAGUUCUGAGAAGGGUAGAGGCAUUAUCGUCCACGUCUUUAAAGGUUGUUUGGGAUGUUUUAACCGACUACAAUGAGUAUUUGGAAGGCGUAAAGAUAUGGUUCAACGGAACAUCUUUAAAUUGGCGUAAUGCAACUGAUGACGAAAUUACUUUAUUAAAUCCGGCGCAUCCCGACGUCCUGUGUUCAAACGGAUCCUUGAUGAACAUUGACAAUAGUGGAUCUUCGAGUUAUGUACUCACGGGAUUGAUGGCUUAUACCCAGUACGAUAUAUUCUUGAUGCCGUUUUACAAGAUGUUGCUUGGGAAGCCAUCAAAUUUGAUGACGGGGUAUACGGACGAGGAUGUACCUUCUGCGCCGCCCCAAAGCGUUACGGCGGGUGUAAUAAACGCAACAUCGGCGUGGAUACGAUGGGAACCGCCACCUGUGAGCACGUGGAACGGUGAACUCACCGGGUACUUGAUCGAGAUCCGCGUGGGAGGUAGCACUGGAGGUCGGGUGGUUGGUCAGAUGUCGCUGGGAGCUCGCACACGCGCGGCCGUGGCUAGCUCCCUUCGGUCUGGCGGCCGGUACAGCGCACGCGCCGCCGCUGUCACGCGACGCGGACACGGACCGUUCAGCGCGCCCGCGCACAUACACAUGCUACCCACGCAGUCACAAAGACACUACGUCCAGACUGAACCACCAAAAGAUUCAAACAUAACGCACAUAUUUCAAGAAACAUGGCUCCUAGCUCUCGGUCUAACAUUAUUCUCUGUAAUUGCAAUCGGAGUAUUCAGCGUGUAUUACAUCAAGCGCCGGAACAACAUUCAAAGAAAAAAAUCUACUGGUCAGUCAAUUGUAACAGCUCAACAGUGCCUAUUGAAUAAAGACACUAUUUGGUUGAGAGAGCGGCCAGUAUUCGCCGCUCCAAACGAUCCAACUCUAGACGUGAGCAGCUGUCACCAAAGUCUGCUUCAUGGUGGGCAAUCAACAAGCAUUCUAAGUGUCGAGCCUGAAUACAGUCUGCCUCAGAAUUCCAUUCAAGGAUUAGACGCGUCGAGUGUCGACAGAAUGCGGCGCGGACCACCGGAACCUUACGCGUCCAGCGCAAUUUACACAGAACUCAAUUUCAAGGACAAUAAUGAAAUUGGAGACUUGAGAAAUUGUCCAGAAAGGCGAUCUCAUAACAAUAGCAUUGUGAGGUCGUGUAAUGGAAGUAUUCAGUAUUCGAACGGGGAAUGUUCAACGUGUUGCCAUAGCACGUCUAGUAGAUCAACUAAGGACUAUAGAGAGCCGAGGCAUGAGAACGCACAUAAUGACAUUAAUGUCUUAGAGGACGACUGUGCUUCUUGUCAUACAAAUAGGUCCGGAUCAAGAAGUCGACAAGACAAAAGCAAAGUGUGUCCGGCGAGUGAUUUAGAGUAUGACUAUCCGCAGUGGCACUGGCUGGGCAGGGAGAACAGUUUCAAAAUUCCCAUUCAGACGAGUAGACAUUCGAAUGUAGCGAGGUCGGAGCAGGGCUGUCAAAUAAAUCUGUGUGAUAUACUGCCGCCACCGCCGUAUGAGAGUCCCGAAAACAAGAUCGUGUAUGGACCUCCAAACAAUUAGAGACGUUAAUAACGUUCGAGAAGGAAAAUCAAAGCAAUAAUCAACAUUAUCUUUUCAAAUUAUAAGGAUAAGUUACGUGAAAAAAAAAAAGUUCUGCAUUUGUUAGUGAUGUUCGUAAUGUGGAACUGAAAACUAAGAUGGUAUUUAGGUGUAGGUAGUAACGUGUAACUUAAUAUUCGUCACUCAAGAUCAUAACCAUUGUAGAUUAGCCAUAGUAGUGCUUGUAAUGUAGAUACCGAACUUUUGAUAUUUGUAUCGCGUAAUUUAUUCCUAAGGCCCCUAACAGACAUGUGACUUUAAGUAGGACGUUUUCGACUUCUAGCGUUUUUACAGCUCCAAGCUUUAUGUACGAAAUAGAAUUCCCGAUUGUCAAUACUAAAGGCGGCAUGUAUGUUUGGUGCCUAAUCUAUAUUCUAGUCACAGUUCAUAGGACUAGUUUUGCCAUUGGUAACACUUGUACUUUCUCGUAAGCUAAUAUUUUGUACGUUUACUCCACGAAAUAAGGUUGUUACAAUUUUGACUGUAAACGUAGAAUAAACAAACUGCCCUGCAUUUCACUGCCAUAUACCUUUAGGUCUUUCUAGAAUAUUAGUUAUAUAAUCUUUGACUGUGAUAUUUAUAUUAAAUUUGUGUAUUAGAAAUAAAUGUAAUCCUAGUGUAAUUAAUUACCUACUCAAUUUUCCCGACCUUCUUAAACUUUUAAUACUUUGCAUACCUAUUGUAAGAGACAAACCAAUUCGAUCUGUAUUGUUAAAAAUAUUUUCAGAAACAGUUGUGUUGUACCCGAAACAGAAAUCUGAAAUAUAGCAACUUUAUAAAAA